AUGGCUACAGGCCAUGGCAACGACCCCUCGUCACACAUGACAUGCCUCUUUCUCGACUGGGAUGGAACACUCGCUACAACAGACACGCUCGCCCGCAUUGCGCGAAUUGGAUACGACCAUCAGGGGCAAAAGUACGACGCAAAACAACCCGAAGAUGAAGACGAGUUUCUGGGCAUCUAUCCACCUGGAUACGAGACCAGUUCAUCUUCAUCCUCAAAUCCUCUCCAGACCAAAGGUGUGCCCGGUCCAACUGCACCGACAAUAGCCGCAGAACCCACAUCCUCUGCCCCUGGCAGACCUUCAUGGCCCGCAAUAUCAAACGCCUAUAUGGCCGACCUCAACCACUUUACAAAACGAGAAAACAGGAAGAAAAGGGAAAGGAAACCGAACAGCUCUGCGGAACUAUCCGACACAUCCCUGGCUGAGAUUCUCUCUUUCCAACAACGCACACGCGAAAUCGAAGAGCGCAGCACACGGCGCUUAGAAAAAUGGGGCAUUUGGAAGGGCAUCACAGACUACGAAAUCGACGCCGCAGCAAAAGACGCAAUCGACUCUGGUGAAAUCGCGUUACGCAAUGGUUGGGAGGACGCGAUUCGACAGGCGGUUGAGCCCAGUUCUUCCUCCGCUUCGGGAGGUCAAAAUAACGGUACAUCUCAUCAGGGAAAAGCCGCCAUUGUCAGCGUAGGCUGGAGCAUACGAUUUAUCCGGCAAUGUCUAGCCCAAGGAGAGAAACAUGAUAAGCAAAAGUCCAGCGGCGUUACAGCGUCGAUGGAUAUUGCUGCGAACGAAAUCGACGGCGCAACUGGCCACAUGAGUCGCUAUUUUGACGAGGUUAAAAGCCCCAACCCCCGUCGAAACCUUGCAAGAAGCGGCGGGAUAUGGACGGGGGAAGAUAAAUGGCGCAUUGUCAGGGAGUUUGUACGUACUGCUGCAGCAGCAGAUGCGCAGGGGACCGAUACGGAUUCGAAUAAUAUCGACUCUCGUACCCAGAGCAGUAGCAGCAGCAACAACAGCGGCGGCGGCAAAAAAGGAGGAAGGAAAAUCAAGUCAAUAUACGUCGGCGAUUCCACAGGCGAUCUGGAAUGCCUUGUUGGGUGCGACGUCGGGAUAUGUGUCCGGGACGUUGAAGGCCAAGACGAAUCGAAAAUUCUACGUAGCAGCCAACGUAGCCUCGCAGAGACCUGUGACCGGUUAGGCAUUCACGUUAAAUGGGUAGGACACUGGCGGAAGGACGGCAAUGGAGGUGCUCCCAGUGGAGAUGGUAAUGGCACCGGCGGCGGCGGUGACGACGUUGAUGAUAUUAUACCCGAGCUCGAGGCGAAGAUGCUCGCAAAGGGAAAAAUACUCUGGUGGGCGCGCGAUUUCAAUGAGAUUGUACAGAGCGGCAUACUCGACUGA